AAACGAAUUUUUUAGGCGUCGUUUCCGAAUGAGUAAGCGGUUGUUUCUACGCAUAGUCAACGACUUGGAAGCCAACUACGAUUAUUUUAAACAAAAACCGGAUGCGAGAGGGGCACUUGGAUUUACCGGUAUCCAAAAGUGUACGUCGGCAUUACGAAUCCUUGCUUAUGGUAACACUACCGACAUCAACGACGAGUAUCUAAAAAUGGCGGAGAAAACAACACGAGAUAGCUUGUAACAUUUUUGUCGCGGUAUAAUUGAUGUGUACGGUGCGCGUUAUCUUAGAACGCCUACAUGGGAGGACCUUCAAAAGAUCUACGAGGUACAUAAUGCCGAGCACGGUUUGCCUGGUAUGAUCGGGAGCAUAGAUUGCAUGCAUUGGCGUUGGGAUAACUGCCCGACUGCAUGGCGAGGCCAACACACACGUGGUGACCAAAAAGGACCCACUAUUAUUCUUCAGGCGGUUGCUUCACAGGACCUUUGGGUUUGGUCGGCUUACUUUGGCGUGGUCGGGUCAUGCAAUGAUAUCAAUGUUUUUGAACAAUCGCCGUUGUUAGAGGAGUGGAUUUCUGGCAAAGCUCCAAAAGCGUCGUUUUACGCAAAUGGAAACUACUACCCUCAUGGAUAUUAUUUGAGCGACGGAAUUUAUCCUAGGUAUUCGAUUUUCGUGAAGACGUAUAGUGAUCCUAUUGAUGAGAAAAGAACAUACUUUAAAAAGGUUCAAGAGUCUUCACGAAAAGACAUUGAGAGAUGCUUUGGGGUUCUUAAACAACGCUGGCAAUACUUGAGAAAUCCUUGUCGUGCAUGGAGCAAGCAAAAAAUGAGAGAUGCUAUGUACGCUUGUAUAAUCAUGCACAACAUGAUUUUGGAAGACGAAGGAAAGGCGAUAUGCCAGAAUUAUGUGCCAGAAGCCGUUCAACAGGAGCAUCCACAGGCGUCAAUGGAAGAAAGAAGGAUGAAGUUGUGUAUUACCAUUAUAGGAUUCCGGAUAAAAGUUUGGAAGAAGGUAUUAGGGACUGAUCAAGAUGUGAUAGAUAUGUGUCAAUAUGUUGGUAGGAUUAGAGAGAUUGAGGUGUAUGUUGAACAUUGGACGACAAAACUUGACACAUAUUUUGUUUCACCUAAACCAACAUCAAAUGUAGUAAUUGAAGAAGUUGAUGAAGAUGCCCCAUCAUUUGGGAAUGUUCCUGUUCGUGCUAGAGCUAAACCUAGAGCAUGUGUUAGAAGACUUGCACUAGGGUGGAUGGAUGAAAGUGGCCCAUCAGUUGAUACCCAAAAUGGCAAUAAUGUAGAAUCAGGUGUGAAUGGUGUAAAAGAGUUAGGUGUGAAUGACUUAGAAGGUGGCAUUAACUUAGGUGUGAAUGGUGUAAAUGAUGAGCAGUUUAAAGAUAGUGAACAACAAGAUGAGCAGGAUAAUGAAAAUGCAAAAGAUAGUGAACAACAAGAUGAGCAGGAUAGCGAACUGAUGGGCCACUUUACACCAUUCACACCUGAUGCUACAUUAUUGCCAUUUUGA